AUGGCUGCAAUAAGGGCCCUCGCCUUGCUUGUGCUAAGCAUCUUCCGGCUCCUGCCGAUGGUUGGCGAUGAGCUGGACGAGGCCACGCGCGAGCAUGUGCAGCAGCGUAUGGAGCAUCUGAUGGCUCGGAUGACUUGGCUGCUGCAGGAGCUGGAGCAGAGGAGCCUGGAGCAGAGGAGCCAGAAGCCAGCCUUUGCCUGGGGAGGCCUGGUCUUUGCUGCCUUGCAGCAGUGGCAGUUCUGGGCUAUUGCUGGAGUCCCAGUCCUGCUCUUCAGGCUCUGCUGGUGGCACUGGAAAAGGAGGCGACAGCCAGAGAUCGGCCAUGAAGAGGAGAGCUCCAGCAGCAGCACAGAGCUGGAGGAGGAUGAAAGUGAAGAAGAAGAUGCUGAUGAUUAUCAGAGGUGUCUGCUGAAUUCUAUCACAAAGCGCAUCCGAUUGUCAGUGAAGAGCAUGGCCUACAGGAGACAGGUGGUGGAAGAGCUGGCGAGCGACCUCCUCACUGUCUUACAAGAACGCCUGUCAAAUAGUUUCUUCCCGGCGCUGCAGCCAGCCAUCGGGGUGGGCAGCGCCUUUGAAGGUUGGAGUCCCGCUGGGCAUGAUGCUGUCUACCGCCUGCUUGUGCCCAUGAAGCCCCCCCGGGGCCACACCUUCCACCUGGAGCUGGGCGCUGCGGGGGAGAUGCCGGCAAAGAACUGCGUCCGCGUGGAGCUGGAGUGCACCUGCACCAGGGACCAAGGCAUGGAGAAUGUGCUGUGCUUCCUCCACCAACCCGAGGAGGGGCUAGGCAGAAAUCAGGUUUCGAGCCUCCUAGGCAUCCUCUGCACUGGCUCCUACCUAGAUGUUGAGAAAAUUGCCCGCUGUUUUCAGAACAUGGUGAUCUCAGCCUGGCGGGAGAUGCCUCAGUCACGUCUCUACACUAUGAAGGUGCUGCCUUCCAGCCGCUCCUGCAAGCUGCAGCUGACAAACGCCUCCGGGAGAUCCCUCUUCAUUGAGAUGAUGUUUGGGGUGCAGCGAGGCGACUCAGACAUCUUCCUGAGCAGCCAGACUGCAGAGGCCAUCUUCACCCCAAGCACAAUUUGGGCAGAGAGCUAUGCUGUGGCCGAGGUGAAGUUCUUCAGGCAUGUGGCCAGGCAGGCCCCGCGUGACACCUCCCACCUCAAAUGCCUGCAGCUCUGCGCUGGUACCCUGGUGGGAACAGGCUUUUCCACCUAUACCUUGAAGACAAUUGUGAUGCACCUCCUGAACACCAUACCCUCGUCAAGCUGGAGAAGGAGGGAAUUCCUGAUGCGGCUGCAGGAUAUCAUGUGGUACCUGCACGGCUGCUUGGAGGAAAAACGCCUGCACCACUUCUUCUUUGGUAAUGAGAACAUGCCUGAGGACAUCGUCUUACCCCCAGACACCCAAACAGCUAAGCCUAUCAACCUAUUCCAGUACCUGGUGCAUGAUCCAACAGCCCACACCAAGGCACUGCGUGAGUUCAGUGUACUGCAAGAUCAGCUCAUAAGACUGGUCUUCUACAGACUUUGA